CAGCGACAAGACAUAGUUGACUAAUACACCAAGAAAGGCGGGAGAUAUCUGUGUUCAGAAAAAGGCCUUGAUUCUGUCUCAAAGAUCACAAUUUCAAGAUGGCGGAAGGAGUUUCAACAGAUCCACUGCUUAGUAAAGUCAUACAGGGACACUUGGAGUGUUCCAUCUGCUGCACUCGUUACAAUCAACCCAAAAAUCUGGAUUGCUCACACAGUUACUGCCUCAAAUGUCUCCAAGAACUAAAGAAAACUCAAAAUCCUGACACUAAUAAACUAAAAUGUCCUCUGUGCCAGAAAGAAACCAUCUUACCACUCGAUGGAGUGACUGGAUUACAAAGCAACUACCUACUGAUUGUCCUAGUGGAGGAGGUCAACAAACAGGACCAGCUUCCACAAGGUGAAGAGUCAAAGGUCAUGUGUCAGGCUUGUGAUGAGGAAAACGCGGCAAUUUCACGAUGUUUGAACUGUGAACAUUAUCUCUGUCUGGAGUGUCAGAAAGCACACCCACGUUUAGCUGCAUUGAAGAAUCACGAGAUCAAAACUUUGGCUGAAUUGCAAGAAGUUGAUGAAACCCAAACUGAAUCAAAGAUGAACAUCUCAAGGUGUGACAUCCAUCCCAUUCAAGAGCUCUGCCUCUACUGUAUGACGUGUGAGCAACUAAUCUGCAAAGUAUGUGCAAAACAGCACCGGGCACCAAUUCACACAAUCGUUGAUCUAAAGAGUGCUACAGAAAAAAGCAUUCAAGAAAUUAUAGAUGGUGCUUCUCAGCUAGAUAGAAGUAGUUAUAAGUUAACCAGUAGAUUAGAGCUUUUGUUACAUAGUCUUAGUAUCAAGAUCAGAAACAUGGAGAAAAACCUUUUGCAAGAGGCUUCAGAUGCAGGCAGUAGAAAGGGUAAAACGCUAUCAAAACUUAUUUUUGCAAAUGAGUCAUUAAAGAUAGUACAAUCUUCAAACACAGCAUACGACAGCCUAAAAAUCCUUAAGAACAGACAAAAACAUCUUCAUGACUACAUCAACAUAGAUGAAGAAGAAGUUGAAGAUUUGACGUAUGAUCUGUCCUUCCUAAGUUUCAAGGAAAGUAAAGAUGGGAUGAAAGGUGAGAUGGGGACACUUUUACUAAAAGAAAUUUGGGGUGAAAUGUUGACGGCCAAAGUCAGUGGAAGUUUUAUUGGGGCAUUUUCCACAGACUGUAUGAUUGUAAUGGGCAAAGAAGAUGCAACACUCACAAUAAUGAAACCAGAUGGAAACAUUUUGCAAACUUAUGGUAAGUCAUGGCUCAGUGGUAAUUUAGAAAACCCCAAUUCACUUGCUGUGAAUAAAGACGACCAUGUUAUUAUCUUGGAUGGUCCCAAUGUCAAAACUUUUGGGUCCAACUGUCGGCUUCUUCAUGAGUUCACUCCAGGUAAAGGGUCUGACAGUAAACCCACAUGCCUUGCAGUAGAUGAGAACAAUCUGAUAGCAGUGGGUUACAAAGACAAGGGAGAGGUUUCUCUUCACAACCCCGAUGGAUCCCUCAUCAGAACACUGUCUGCUCCAGGGAUUGAUGAAUACAUGGUCAUAAGUAACCAGAGAAUCAUUUACACCAGCCCUAAUGAUGGUGCACUCAUGUGUUUUUAUUUAAAUGACACAAAAUGUCAGACACUCUUUAGAUAUGUAGAUGCCACUCCGUAUGGGAUUUGUUGUGAUAAAGUUGGUGAUGUCUAUGUUGUAUAUGAGGGGGAACCAAAACCUGACACCAGUGCUAAAGAGAGUGGAUGCGUCACCACCAGUGCAGCACAGCCGGCUAGGAGUGUUGCCGGUAGAGGUGCAUUGCAGCCGUCUCGUGGUGGACGAGGUGGUCGUCAUGAGCGUAUGGCUGGUCCGGGACCCAUGAAGCACUGCAUUUGUCGAUACAGGUUUGGUACUGACCCCACAAUCCUAGCCCGUUCUAAUUCCAUCUUCCAUGACGUCACAUACACUCCCGGUGGUCACCUUGCAGUGGUUGGCGGGAACUGCACAAAGUUAUAUCAAAGAGUCAACAAAUUCUCAAGACGUUCGUUGUCUGGUUUUAGCAUAUAGUAAGGACAGCUUGCUCUGUGGUUGAAAAUGGCCAGAGAGACUUAAGUUUACCGCUAUCCCGGUACCAUGACUGGCUUCCUUUUAAACUCGAGUAGAUUCCCGCCAAAAAACACUGCGCAAUAAAGUGCGCUGCAGAAUAGAGCGCUACAAAAUUAUUGAAGUCGCUAGACUCAGUUCCUCUGCUAAAUAGCAAUCUAAACCAAUCAUAGCAUAGUGUUUCCUUUAGGGGAAGGAUAAUGGUAGAUUUCGUAAAACCAACAUUUAAGAAUUGUAAAGGUUUUAUCUCCUUGUUGCAAAGCGUAUCCCCUCCUCUGUUUCAAACGUUGUUAAGCUCAUGUUGUUGAUCCUUUGUUGGUAAUGGCUUGCAUUUUUGCGUUAUGGUGUUUGUGUUUGCUGGUUGUUUACAAAACUAAUUGCUGUUCAUGUUGUUAAAGAUUUGAAAAUCGACCCUCGGCUGCGAUGUUUUUUUUUUUUUUUGUUUUUUUUUUUUUUAAUUCAAUUACAUUUAAUUGGAGUGAUUGUACAGAGGGUUAGCAAGAACGUUUUCAUGCUAUAUAUAUUAAGUAAUUACUAAAUGUGUCCAGUGCAUUUUUAAAUAGGAUUUGAAACACAUUGAUGUAAAGAACAAGUAAAACUGAAAAGCAUAAGGAUUGUUGUCGAAACAUUUAACAUAUAUUAUUCGUGUACAGAUAACAGUUAAACAUCCAUGUUGUAUUUUAACAGCUGUCAGACAGAACAUCUGUUACUCUACGUUUAGAAUUUAAUUAAUUCAAAGAUUUUAAAACAAUUUGGUUAUAAUAGUUAGUAGCAUGGUAUUGCACAGUAGAUAGUCCCAUCAUUGCUAAAACUCAUAUGAAUGUUGUUAAUAAGCAUUUCAAUGUUAAUUCUGUAAAAGGAUUGGUUUUCAACCAUCCUCAUAUAAUCAAAUUAAAAACUGUAUAUUGUAGUUUCGUAGUGAGUAGAAGAAGAAACUAAUUAAAUGGUCCACGCAUACGAGAUGUUUUCCUAAACUAAGUGAAAUAUGCUCUUACUAGAAAAUUGUCUCGUGUAACGCACCUUUCUUUUUUCUUUACUGUUUUCUUUUUAAAUCAAACUGGCAGCGAUACUUGAAAUGUGUUAAAAUGCAUGAAAACCGUCAUCUCGAUUAGAAUAUUUAGAUUAAAUAAACCAUUAAUAACAAUUAGCCUAAUAAGAAGAAAUGACAACAGGUUGCUUGUUUAUUUGCAAACUGAAAACAAGAAGAUUGCAACGAAUGUACCUUUUGAAGAAAAAAAAACAGUGGAUUGUUUGCUUUUACGCAUUGCAAUCACACAGACCGGUGUGUAGAUUUGGUUUUAAUAAUUUUAUGGCAUUUAUUUAUAGGGGCAAAGUCACGCAUGGGUAAUACUUACCAAUCACUAUAGCAUAGCCUUGCAAUAAAAAUUAAUGAACGUUUUUGUUUGAAAUAAUUUAUGCUAAAAAAUAUAAUAAAACAGGUAGA